UACCAUGGAAACUCAAAAGCUAGUUAUGUUACAGUUAGUUAGCUAUUGCCAAAGCAUUUGAAACUAGGCCAUUACCCAGACCUGUUUUUCUACACAGCUCUUGCCAGUGCGGAUCAAAGGCAGGCAGACAGGCAGGCAGGCUGUCUGUCUGUACUGGCUAGUCCGUCUCGUCCAUCUGGUUUGCACUGUCCUCGGAAUGACGAAAAGGAAAAUUCCCCAACACCGGACUUUUGGUGAUCACUCUUUCUGGGACACCCACUGCCAAUCCUACCCUGUCUUCCGUCGACGCGACGCCGUCCCUGACCCCGUCCGCCUCUCGUCGGACUCCGCGAUUGGAGUUACAGACUCCGUCGUCGCCAAUACGGUCCCCGUCAAUCCGUACCGCCGAAUCCGUCCCGAAUCAAUCCCUGCUCAACGGCGUGCCGGCGAUGGAUCAUCCGACUCCUGUACCUCACGAGAGCACCGCCGAGAGCCAAGCCAAAACAAAACACAGGCCGUGAAUGCGCGUCUCUCGAAGGCCUCAUUAUCACGGACCGGAAGGAGCGCUCCGACCAGUAUACCGCCAAGUGCGGAAAGCAGAGACACCGGAAUGAAAAAGCCUUUCCCCGGCACUGCCUACCCGUCGGAGCAAUCAUCACCAACGCAGAGUGUACAAGCCCUUUUCGUCCAUUCUGAAUCCAUCCCAAGCAAUUCUUCGCCACGCCUCCUCCACUCCAACGGACCCCAAUAUUGA